AUGUACAUAGCACUCGCCGCCGGCGGGGUUCUCGGAAUCGGAAAUGACGUUGCUACGCCCACGCAGACAUUAAACUCUGAGGCUCAGGCGUGCGAUGCGAUGCUCGCUCUACGCACGCACAGUCGUUGGGCAGCGACGCAACGCGACGCCACGGCCGUGCGUCCAUUCGGCGAGCGCAAGCUCACGCAUCCGGACCGCGUCUUCUCGAACGGCGUCUCGAACGCCUCUCUUUGUGCGCGCGCACAAUCGCCACCCGGACACACGCACACGCGCACGCGCACGCACGAGCUGCAACCCGCUCUGAAAACGCUGGACGAAGCCAACUCUAAAGCGCGUCCCGUCACGGGCUUCGCGCAUAUGCCCAAACGGACGCGCCCUUUCUUCCCGGAUGCGGAAGGGGACGGACGGGCUUCUGUGCUCCCGCGCGGCCGCGUGGCACACGAGGCUGGGGAUCGGUCGCGACCUUCCUUUCGCAGCGGGCGAGCGAGCUUGUUCUCCGGCUCACAGGCUCUCAUAGGGCGUCGAGGAACGAUCACGUCAGAGCCGAUCACGGGACGCGCGAGCACCGCGAUGGCACGCACGCUCGGGCGGCCGUCGCGCAUCUCGCUCGCUCUCGUCACCCCGCCGCGGCCGCGGGCUUCGUGCCAGUCCUCCCUCGCCCGCCUCACAAUUAGCCCAGGCGUUCAGCGCGUAACGGGACGACUGGGGCGGAGCGCGGCUAGGGAAAAGCAAGGCGCUGGCCACGCCCACGCCCACGCCCACGCGCGGCGCGUCGCACCCACACCCGUGCACGUCAUCUAUCCAUCAAUGAUGGGCUUUGAUCGUCCCCCGCCGACUGCCCGCCGCCGUGCCGUGCCGUCUCGACUGAUGCGGAUCCGCCGCGCGCCCGCCCGCGCGCGCGCCCCCCCAUUCCAUUCCAUUCCAUCCCCGCUGCCUUCAAAGAGCGGGGACAUCAUUCCCCGAGUCGAGUGGACGGGCACAGACGCGCGCGCGCGCUCUCCGCCAUCAUCCCAUCAAGCAGGUAUCGGCCCGGUGGAUCCCCAGCCGCAGGGUGUCCAAACGCAGUAUCAUUGCAGCGCAGAGCCACACAGAUCUGCGUCCCCGCGCACGCUCGCGCGAUCUAGGCACGCGCCGCCCGCCUCCGUCCGCCCGUCCGCCCGCCCGCCCGAGCGACCGAGCGGUGGGAGCCCAUCAGCAGCCCAUCACGCAGACCCGGCGCACGCAGACCCACCCACCCCCUCGCCUUCGCUCCUUCGCCUUCGCUCCUUCGCCAAAUCUUCCGAAUGCCCCCGCUUCCUUCCUAUUCUUCUUGAAACCGCGACCGGUACGUGUCCGUGCCUGGACCCUUCUUCCCGCGCGCCCCCUGCCCGUUCUCGCAAGAGUUCUCGUGCCUGUCUCCCCCCCCCCCCCCCUCGCCGUCCCCAUCCCCCCUCGUCGAUCUGCGCGAACGACUGGGACGUACUGCACACCAUGUACUUCCUACCCUAG